UUAUGACGCUCCUGACACGUGCCUUUGAAGCAGUGACCUCUUCUCUUUUGUAAACAGACGCUGGUUGUAAUUUUUCAUGUAAGUUUCCAUUUUCCACCCCUGUAAUGUAUUUGUGAUGUGAUUAUUUUAUGUUGUGUUCUUUCCUGUCUGACUAUAAAGGAGAUAAUUGAAUAGUUUCAGUGAUAAAGCUGACAGUGAUGGCUGGGCAUGCAGCCCUCAGAUGUGACUUUUUGCUUAGACUGCUGACAUCUUCCAGAUCCAUUCAGACUCUCCUCUGGAACAGAGCUGUGUUUGGGAGAAACGUUGAAAGUAUUUGCAGCAGGACAUUUUCCACCGCUUCAAUAAGGUCUAAUCAGGAUGAUGGACAGAGUUCAGACUCCAUGCAGACACAAAGGCAGGCUCACCUGUUUAGGAGGAGGCGGUCCCUAUCCCCCCUGGAGAGGAUCAGCAGUCUGCUGCCUGAGGAUGCACUGAGCCCAGAGGUGAUGCAGCUGAGAGGUAAAGAGCAGCAAGAAGAGAGAUGUGAUCCUGUGAUAGUCACUGAAGAGGACUGUCUGCAGACGCAGAGAGACCCUGAUGCAGUAGAAGAGCCAAACGCUACAGGCUUUCAGCGUGCGGGGGGACAGGUGCACCCCUGUCUUUUAGGGGAGAGCUUGCUCUCGUUCGGGGAGCUGCUUAUCGCAGAGUUCAGGAAGAAGAGACGGGUGGAGUUCAGGAAGAUGUUCCAGCUUCAGCCAGGGGCCCGCCUGCACAGCAGCUGGGGGGUCAUCAUGCACGAUGAUCUAGAAGGGCAGCCAGCAGGCCGAUUCAUGAAAACCAGCAGGGGCGUCCCCAUCUUUUUCCGGCGUGCCAGUCUCGAAGACUACGUGCUGCAUAUGAAGAGAGGACCUGCCAUCUCCUAUCCAAAGGAUGCUGCCAACAUGCUGCUGAUGAUGGACGUUAUGGAGGGAGACUGUGUGCUGGAGUCAGGCUCCGGGUCUGGAGCAAUGUCCCUGUUUCUGUCCAGAGCAGUUGGUUCUAAAGGUAGCGUUCUGAGCGUGGAGGUCCGGGAGGAUCAUCACAGAAGAUCGUUAAAAAACUUUGAGCGCUGGAGGACGUCCUGGGCUCUGCGACGAGGCCAGGAGUGGCCGGAGAACGUAGAGUUUCAGAACGCCGACCUCUGCACAGCCUCGUCGCUCCUGGCUGGACGAGGUUUUCACUCGGUUGCUCUGGACCUGAUCCACCCCCACCUGGUUUUGCCCGUCGUGCUGCCACACCUGCAUCCUGGAGGCGUGUGCGCCACUUACCUCGCAAAUAUAACGCAGGUCAUUGAUCUGCUGGAGGGUCUCCGGUGUUCUGAGCUUCCUUUUCUGUGUGAACGCAUCGUUGAGGUUCCAGUCCGGGACUGGAUGGUGGCCCCCGCCCUGCAGAAAGAUGGACAAUACUGCGCCAGGAAAGCUCCAGACCUGGGCGAACCUCUGAGGAGCGAAGAGGAAGCUUCAGUUGGAGCCGAUGAAGAGGACGGCGUGGGGCCAGCGUUUGGCAGCGUUCCAUAUAUUGCCAGACCUCAUCCCGAACAGAUGAGCCACACAGCAUUCCUGGUUAAACUGAGGAAGUUUGUGAAAUAGCUGGAGCCACUGAAGACCCCUGGAAACUAACGAUUAUUUAAGAGUUAAAUAAAAAGUAAAAAACUGAUGCAAA